GCGCGCUCCUCGGCAUCCACUAGGGCGCUCAGCCGCCGCGCCUCCCCUCCCCGCCGCCGCCUCCUCCUCCACCUCCGGCGGCGGGCGAGGACUCGUCCAGGGACAGAAAUAAAUAAAUAAUUCCAGUCACCCUUUGCUAGCGAGGCGAACUGGCGGCGGACGGACCGCUGCAGCGCCCACCCCAGGGCCGGAGACCGGGUCAAGAGUUAGUCUGACGAUGUGAUGGUCAUCUGGGCAACCUUAGACACUGGAAUCUUGGAAACCAAAGGACUUUUGGACUCUGUGCCGACAGAGCUGCCUUGGGAUCUUUUGACCCAGGGAUAGAACCCGGAUCUCCUGCACUGGCAAGUGGAUACUUUGCCUGCUGAGUCUUCAGGAAGCCUGAUCAGCUGUGUUACUUGAAUUUCAAAUAGAGCAGCAGAAAUGCCGCCACCAGGAGGCACCCCACCACUACAUCCACCUCCCGAUGGAGGGUGGGGCUGGGUGGUGGUUGGAGCAGCUUUUAUCUCCAUUGGAUUUUCAUAUGCAUUUCCCAAAGCUGUCACAGUGUUCUUCAAAGAAAUCCAGCUCAUAUUCAACACGACCUACAGUGAAAUAGCAUGGAUAUCAUCCACUAUGCUGGCUGUUAUGUAUGCAGGAGGUCCCAUAAGUAGCGUUUUGGUGAAUAAAUACGGUAGCCGGCCAGUGGUGAUGGUAGGAGGUUUGCUAUGCUGUUUGGGAAUGGUCUCGGCCUCCUAUAGUACCAACGUAGUAGAGCUUUACCUCACAAUGGGAUUCAUUUGCGGUUUAGGUCUAGCCUUCAAUCUGCAACCUGCCUUAACAAUCGUGGGCAAAUACUUCUAUAAGAAACGGCCUGUAGCGAAUGGGCUUGCAAUGGCAGGAAGUCCUGUUUUCCUAAGCACCUUGGCCCCUUUCAAUCAGUUCCUCUUCAAUACUUACGGCUGGAAGGGAAGCUUCAUGAUUUUGGGAGGUUUGCUGUUGAACUGCUGUGUGGCUGGGGCCCUUAUGAGACCUGUUGAACCCAAAGCAAGUACUGAGUCUAAAAAUAAGGUUGGUGUAAGAGAAACUGAUUCCAGUAUGGAAAAAAGACAAAAAAAGUUAUCAGUUUGGGAAAAAAUUAAUAAGUAUUUAGAUUUCUCCCUUUUUAAGCAUAGGGGAUUUCUGAUAUACUUAUCUGGAAAUGUCAUCAUGUUUCUGGGAUUCUUCGCCCCCGUUAUAUUCUUGGCUCCAUAUGCUAAAGACAAAGGAAUCGAUGAGUAUUCUGCAGCUUUCUUGCUCUCUGUUAUGGCUUUUGUUGAUAUGUUUGCCAGACCUUCUGUAGGACUUAUUGCCAAUUCCAAAUUAAUCCGACCCCGAAUCCAGUACUUCUUCAGUUUUGCAGUGAUGUUCACUGGAAUCUGUCAUCUCUUAUGCCCGUUGGCUGAGGACUACACAAGCCUGGUGGUGUAUGCUGUAUUUUUUGGCCUUGGAUUUGGGAGUGUUAGCAGUGUCCUCUUUGAAACUCUCAUGGACCUUGUUGGUGCUCAAAGAUUUUCCAGUGCUGUGGGACUCGUCACAGUUGUGGAGUGCUGUCCUGUCCUCCUUGGGCCUCCUCUUGCUGGUAAAUUGGUGGAUGAAACUGGACAAUAUAAAUACAUGUAUUUGGCCUGUGGAGCUAUUGUGGUCCUAGCCAGCGUGUGGCUGCUCAUCGGUAAUGCUAUCAACUACAGAUUGCUUGCAAGGGAAAAGAAGAAGAAUAUACAUACCAAGGAAUCUCAAGAAACUGAACCCUUGAAGACAUCUCAGAGUCCCAAUGUUAAUAUCAAAAGUGGCGAAACUGAAACGUGGAAAGGAACAGAGGUUAAUCCCUCAGAAAGAGAAACGAAUAUUUAACAAGAAUCAUAUCUCUAAUUUCAGUAUUCAUGACUUUCUUAGGAGUAUUUUUUUUUUCAACAUAUUGGAAGAUUUUUAGUUGAAAUGAAGAGUCAUAGUUAAGGAUGGAGAUGAGAUUUUCCUUAACAAAUUUUAAAUGUUUGUCUUUAAAAACUUAUUUGGGUAGUUAAAAUUUGAGAUUAUGCAUAUAAAGAAUUCAUGCCUUGGGUUUGUGUCCAUACAUGAGUCUGGUUGUGGUGGUUAAAUGAUUUUAAAGUCUUCUGGUGACUUCUAGUCUUGGUUAUAGAGAUCUGAAUUCCAAAAUGCUGGUUUAAGUAGUUAGAAAGAGUAUGUUUAAUCCUGUAAGAAUACCCUAUCCACAUUUCAUUUUUUAUUCAAUAUUAAAGUGUGAAAUGGAAUUGAAGGAAAUUAUUUUUUUUUCCUAAAUAUCCUCACACACACAACUUUCAUACACUUAAGAAUGAACAGACAAGGUAUCUGGAGAAAAAAGACAAGUUUAAAAAGAAUAUUAUCACUGUAUAUAUAUUUUUAAAUCCAUGGAGGAAAAAAAUGCAUUAUAUCUGCAUAGUACCUUAUAGUGUGGAUGUUAGAGAUAAGAACAUGGGUAAAAAUGAGGGUGGUCUUAAUUUGAAAAUGUAAUUAACUGCUGUAAAACAAAAGCAAUUGCAUAUAUGAAAUAAAUUUGAAAAAAGUAAAA